AUGGACCCGUUGGAGCAGUGGGCACUGGCUGUGAGCUGUCAUCCAGAAGCUGGAUCUUCACAACCAGCAAGGCGAUGGUUCACUUUCUCUGCUUUCUUCGCAGUGGCGACCAUAGCUCGAGAGGCGGACUUGCAGCAGCUCGCACCGUCUGUGCUGGUGAGAUUGCUUCGAGCAGUGAGCUGUGUCGACAUCUUCCGGGAAGACAGUCAGGAGUACCGCGCUGUUUGCUUGAGCAUCGUCAAGUCCGGCUCUCGCGAUGGCGACUUCCGCAAGGCCAUGUUGAGCACGCUAUGCGAGCUGGAUGCUGCCGUGGCAGUGGGCACCUCCUUGGCAGCGAGCUCUCGGCUCCACUUCUGGCUGGGAAUGCUUUCAGAAGAGAAACUCCUCGAAGAGAUGCUGCGUGAUUCCGUCGUCCUCCGAACACUUAAGCGCAUCGCGAGAUCGGGCCACACCUUCCCUCGCCUGGCCGCGAGGGCCUUGACCUUGACCAUUCUGGCUUUGCGCGGAGGGCCGUCAGGGCCGGAAAUGCUGGAGACAGAGUGCAUUGAGUUCUGGGAGUCGAUGCUGGAAGCUGGCCUUCAGGGCUUCGAGGAGGUCGCAGCGGCAGACGAAGAGAUUUUCGAGGCCUUGCGUGGCCUCCUGGAGACGGCCCCGCAGGCCGGCGGGACUCGUGCUUUGGAUCUGCAGCGCCGCACGUUGAAAGCACUGGCCCAGCGCACCCUUUCGAGCGCUGAUGAUGGCAAAGCUCUGGGAUACUUCAAGCUUUUCUGCGCGGCAGCACGGCAUUUGGAUCCGUUGCAGCAGGGUGCAAUCUUCAAAGAUGGCCGUCUUCCUGAGCUCCUUCAAGAUCGCAAGGAUCGCAAAGAGCUGUGGCUGCGCCAUUUGGCCGCUCGCUUUCCUGAGAAGCCGCGAGAGAUGCUCGUGACCUGGCUCUUGAAACGGCAUCCGGAGGUCGCCGCGGCCUACGUCGCGGACUCCCCGGCCCUAGCCAAAGAUGCCGUGGCCGGGGGCCCCGUGCUCAGCUCGGCGCUCUGA